AUGAAUGGCGUUGAUUUACCUCCUAGCCCUCCUUCUCUUCCAAUCAUUGGUCAUCUUCACUAUCUUCUCUUAUCUUUCCUACACCACAAGUCUUUCCUACAUUACAAGUCUUUCCAUACACUCUCUUCCAAGUAUGGACCUCUCCUCCAUCUCCAGUUCUUUUUCUUUCCUGCCAUCCUUGUCUCUUCAGCCCCUGUAGCCUAUCAAAUUUUCAUGACCCACGACGUGAACAUUUCAUCUCGCAACCUCUUCUCGGAUGCUUCUGGAUUUUUUACCGCACCUUAUGGAGAACACUUUAAGUUCAUGAAGAAACUCAUUGUUACAAAUAUGUUCGGACCCCAAGCAUUGGAGCAUUCGCGAAGCAUCCGCGCAGAUGAGCUCGAGAGGUCAUACAUGAACCUGGUCAAUAAGGCGAAGAAGAAAGAGAGCGUUGACAUUAAGAAGGAAGCCAUGGAGCUCAUAGGCAACAUCAUUUGCAGGAUGAGCUUCGGAAGGAGGUUUACAGAGGAGAUUGGCGAGGCGGAUAGUGUCCAAGGUUCGGUUAUCAAGUCAAGUGGUACGAAGAAGAAGAUGAUUUUGGAAAUCUUGUUUUUUUUUGAAAUCUUGUUGUUUAGACAGGUAGAGAAGCUUGGAAUUUCAUUAUUCAAGAAGGAUAUAACGGCCGUUUUAAAAAAACUCAACGAGCUGCUAGAGAAGAUUAUGUUGGAACACAAAGAGAAACCAAACAUGAAUGGAUAUAACGAUAUGAUGGACCUGUUGUUAUCAGUUUACGAAGACGAAAACGCAGAUUACAAGAUCACUAAAAACCACAUCAAGGCAUUUUUCGUGGAGCUUAUUUUUGGAGGCAUUGAUACCAACGUGAUCACAAUACAAUGGACAAUGGCAGAGAUCGUUAACAACCCGAUUAUUAUGGAGAGAUUGAGAGAAGAAAUCGAUUCCGUUGUAGGGAAAUCAAGAUUGAUUCAGGAAACGGAUCUACCAAACCUCCCUUACUUGCAAGCUGUCAUCAAAGAAGGCUAA